AUGGAUAACUCUAGCGAAGCGGAUAUCUCUCUUGCGCCCAACAUCAAAGACGCCAUCGUCGGCUUCGAGCGGGGCGUCACUCUCGAGCCCGAGGACGAAUCUGAACAUGGCAUCUGGGCGGCCAACAUCGUCUCCAGCCUUGAAAGCCUAGAGAGAGACGUCGAGGCCUCCAUCGACUUGUCAGACCUACGGGCGUCACUGUCGCACGCUACUCAGCAAGUCGUCAUUCGAGCCUUGGACGUCGACCAUGAUCCGGCAACCCUACACACACGCUCCCCAAACAAGCUAGAGAAGUGCUGCCUCACGUGGAAGGUCACACCUGGCACCAUUGCCUUCUGGUUUCGCCUGGACCACGGUCGACCGUUCUUCGAUGCUCUUGCCGCUUUCGCCAACACACAUCCUCGCUGGCUAGAUGCUCUGCGCCUCGUCCGACGCUGCUCGACCGACCGUCGUGGAGCUUCUCUUAUGCAAGCCCGAGACCGUGGCAUUACUACGCAAGACCUGAACAAAGCUGCAGGCAUGAAUGCGCUGCCGCCUGAGUUGCCCAAGCAGCCAGUGAUCCAAACUCGCGAUACGAUGGUAUCCCUCGCUCUCGGCGAAGACCUUGGAGCCAACGGAAUUGGGGCCUGCGUCGAUGCUCUUCUGACGCUCAACAAAGUGAAGCCCACGUUCCACAUCUUCGACCCCCGGGAACCUUUUGAACGAUAUGCAGAGCAGGAAGUUACGGCUUGCCUUCCGGACAACUUGGUCGUUCUGCUGCGGCUGGAAUCCCGUAGCAGCUGGAUCGUCGUACAUCUCAAACGGUCUGUACCACAAGUCGACGUUUGCGAUACGGCAGAGCCCGCGACCGAGUUAGAUGUGAUCAAAGCCUGGAUUGAGCCAUGGAUCAAGGCGCGGCAGCUGGUAGAUCUUGAGCAGCCGAUAACAUACACAUCACUGCCCCGUACCGAACAACGAAUCAAGACCAGCAGCGGUAUCCUUGCUCUUGCCCUUGCAACUUUCAUCUGCACGGAGCAGAGCGAUCUGGCCCAAUUUGAUGUUGAGGUGACCCAGCGAGAUCUGCAGAAGAUUUUGUCUGGUGAUUUUGCUCAGCAACUUGGUUUACAGGACGGAAUUCCCAAUCAGGCACAGAAAGAAUCAGACCUGGCCAUCGGCAAUCCGAGUUCCCAGAACGCCGUCGCCAGACUUGUCGGUGCAGCUUGUCCCGGCCUCCGGCCACUCCUCAACACUGUUCAGUCGACUCUGAAGCACAAGAGCGAAGUUGUUGGCGAUGCACUAAAACAAAUCAACGAGGAUAUUGUGCGCAACUUGGGAUGUAGCCCAACUGAGUUGUCUGUCAAGAUCAACGCACUUGAGACAAUUAUCACGAGAGAGUUGGCAGAGGAUACAACCCUUCUUUUGAAGCAGCGCGCAGCCGAUAGUGACGUUGCCUUCUUUGAGGGUAUUGUGGACAAAACAUCAGCCGUAACCGAGCACACUUCAGCGGAGAGGCAAAAGUGGAUCGCAGAGACAGAGAAGAGUCUAGUCAACGCGAAGGCGCUUCAAGAAUCACUAAAAGUCGAGAUCGAGGGUCGAAGGGGAGACUUUCGCCGAAACAAAGUCUUGUUGGAGACUGGCUGGGCAUAUCACACGCUUGUAGCGGACCUGAACGCCACCCAGGUCUACACGAAGCAAGCUCUUGACAGUAUUUCAGCGUUGGUCUAG